CAGACCGGAGUAUCCGAAGAGCUCAGGUUGCACCGAGCACAUGCUGCACUAAAAGAUAAUAAGCACAUGCCCUCUUCAGCUUUUUGGGGGAAAUUCAGGCCAAGAAAAGGCGCAGUUAAAUAAAGCGCACCCCCUUAAAGUUACGAGCACACGGCUCCAAGCUCAGCAGAGCGUGCUCUUAAGGACAGGGAAAAUCAAUGGCUUUUUCAGGUCACCGGGCUGUGUGCUUGCUGGCUACCAGCGAUGAGCAGCCAAUUUUGCCCACAAAGCCAACAGAUAGGCACCAGAGAAAGGGAUUGUCAGGGGACUGAGUUGUGCAGUGUCCACACAUUGGGCAUUUCUGCAACCCUUCUUUCCUGCUCCAAACCACAGCCCCACACCCUUCAGCUCAAGAUAUAUGUAGAGGAGGACAGAGACUGAUGCCACUCGUGUUUUUGUAUCAGUUGCCUUGCAGGUUUAGUUUAGCCAGUUUGGAUCUUUUUCACUGGCAACUUGCCGGCUAGAAAUUUUUCUUCUCCUUUAAGGGGAUUCCCCCCAAUAAAGUGUUCAGGAGUAGUAGUAUAGUUUGUGUACUUUGAGUAAAUCAAACCUUUUAGUCUUUGGCAGUUGUAUCUACAAGCAGUAAAAUCUUAUGUCAGCACAGUGUGUAGAGUGCAGGAUACCUAAUAGCUAGUAAACCAUUUAAAAAAGUCUUUGGCUUGAUCAGAUAUAGUGCUUAACGUAUAGUGCUGUAUCUUGCCCAGCACAUAAUUAGUAUUGAAGAUGGAAAAGCCUCCCCUGUGGACCAUGACACCACAGACCUAAACUGGCAUUUUUCACACAUUAGAGUUUUCUUUCUUUAGUGGAAGACAUUUCUUUGCUUGUUUUAAAAAUCACUCUCUAAGACUUAACAGACUGUAUUAGCGUAUUGUGUAUCUUAAAUGAACCUUGCAAGCUCUAGCAGUGUAUUCUUCUUCCCAUAUAGGCACUGUGUAGGGUGGGCAGGCAAGCAGUAUUGUAGUGCCAGAGAGAUCAAACGUUGGCUAGGAAAAAAAACAACCCCAGCCCUAACCUGGGAAAUAAAAAUUAACCAUCCCACUUUUGCAGUGAUUUUGUUGGAUCCCAUCCUGGAACAAGUGUAUGUAUGGAUGUGCUAGCAAAAUGAAUGGGCCUUGUUGAGAUGGUGAUGACGACCCACAACUCUCCUGGGUGGCUUCAUCUCCCUCCAGCAAAGAUGUUGCAUCACCCACUCAGAUGAUAGGAGAUGGGUGUGAUCUCGGCAUCGGGGAGGAGGAAGGGGGGACUGGCCUGCCGUAUCCCUGUCAGUUUUGUGAUAAGUCCUUCAUUCGCCUGAGCUACCUUAAAAGGCACGAGCAGAUCCACAGUGACAAACUACCUUUCAAAUGCACCUACUGUAGCCGGCUUUUUAAGCACAAGAGGAGUAGGGAUCGCCACAUAAAGCUUCACACAGGGGAUAAAAAGUACCAUUGCCACGAGUGCGAGGCUGCAUUCUCCCGCAGCGACCACCUCAAAAUCCACCUGAAAACCCACAGCUCCAGCAAACCAUUCAAGUGUACUGUGUGUAAACGUGGGUUUUCAUCUACCAGCUCAUUGCAGAGUCACAUGCAAGCUCAUAAAAAGAACAAGGAACAUAUGGCAAAGACUGAGAAAGAGGUGAAGAAGGAUGAUUUUAUGUGUGAUUACUGUGAAGAGACAUUCAGUCAGACUGAAGAUUUGGAGAAGCACGUAAUGACACGCCACCCACAGCUUUCCGAGAAGGCAGAUUUGCAGUGUAUUCAUUGCCCUGAAGUAUUUGUAGACGAAAACUCGCUGCUCUCACACAUUCAUCAAGCCCAUGCCAACAAAAAACACAAGUGCCCUAUGUGCCCAGAGCAGUUUUCUUCAGUGGAAGAAGUCUAUUGCCACUUGGACAGCCACAGACAACCUGACUCCAGCAACCACAGCAUCAGCCCUGACCCAGUCCUGGGGAGUGUGGCGUCCAUGAGCAGCGCAACGCCUGACUCCAGCGCGUCGGUGGAAAGAGGUUCCACUCCAGAUUCAACCUUAAAGCCUUUGAGAGGACAAAAGAAAACCAGGUCUGUUGACAGAGAGGAAGGUCAGAGCUGGUCUAAAGUUACUUACAGCUGCCCCUACUGCUCGAAGCGUGACUUCAACAGCCUCGCUGUUCUGGAGAUCCAUCUGAAGACCAUUCAUGCAGACAAACCUCAGCAAAGCCACACGUGCCAGAUCUGCCUUGAUUCCAUGCCUACACUAUACAACUUGAAUGAACACGUGAGAAAAGUGCACAAAAACCAUGCCUAUCCCAUGAUGCAGUUUAGCAACAUUUCUGCCUUUCAUUGUAAUUACUGCCCGGAGAUGUUUGCAGAUAUCAACAGUUUGCAGGAACACAUCCGCAUUACUCACUGCGGCCCAAACGCUACCCCUCAAGAUGGCAACAACGCUUUCUUCUGUAACCAGUGCUCCAUGGGCUUUCUGACCGAAGCUACCUUGACUGAGCACAUCCAGCAGACUCACUGCAAUGUAGGAAAUUCAAAAUUGGAUUCCCCUGUCAUUCAGCCAACACAGUCUUUUAUGGAAGUUUAUUCAUGCCCUUAUUGCACAAACUCCCCCAUUUUUGGCUCCAUCCUGAAGCUUACAAAGCAUAUUAAAGAAAACCACAAGAACAUUCCUCUGGCACACAAUAAGAAGUCAAAAGCAGAGCAGAGUCCAGUUUCUUCUGAUGUUGAAGUCUCUUCCCCUAAAAGGCAGCGGCUUUCUGCAAGCGUAAAUUCAGUGUCUAAUGGCGAAUACCCGUGUAAUCAGUGUGAUCUAAAGUUCUCAAAUUUUGAAAGUUUUCAGACCCAUUUAAAGUUGCAUUUGGAGUUGCUGUUGAGGAAACAGUCUUGCCCUCAGUGUAAAGAAGACUUUGAUUCCCAGGAGUCUCUUCUGCAACAUCUCACUGUGCAUUACAUGACAACUUCCACUCAUUAUGUAUGUGAGAGCUGUGACAAACAGUUUUCUUCAGUGGAUGAUUUGCAGAAGCAUUUGUUGGACAUGCAUACUUUUGUGUUGUAUCACUGCACCCUUUGCCAAGAAGUUUUUGAUUCCAAGGUAUCUAUCCAAGUGCAUCUGGCAGUGAAGCAUAGCAAUGAAAAGAAGAUGUAUCGUUGCACAGCCUGUAACUGGGAUUUUAGGAAGGAGGUGGAUCUCCAGAUUCAUGUGAAGCAUAGUCACUUGGGUAAUCCAUCAAAGUCUCACAAAUGUAUCUUCUGUGGUGAGACCUUCAGCACAGAGGUAGAACUGCAGUGCCACAUCACAACCCACAGCAAAAAAUACAACUGCAAGUUUUGUAGCAAAGCUUUUCAUGCCAUCAUCUUGCUUGAAAAGCACUUGCGGGAAAAACAUUGUGUCUUUGAUGCUAGUGCUGAGAAUGGUACAGCUAAUGGCAUGACCCCAACGAAUAAGAAGACAGAAGGGGCAGAUAUCCAGAAUAUGUUAAUGAAGAAUCCAGAUGCUUCCAACAGUCAUGAAGCCAGUGAGGAUGAUGUGGAUGCUUCUGAGCCCAUGUAUGGUUGUGACAUUUGUGGGGCUGCCUACACUAUGGAGGUCCUCUUGCAGAACCAUCGCUUGAGAGAUCAUAACAUCAGGCCUGGGGAGGACGACUGUUCUAGGAAGAAAGCAGAAUUCAUCAAAGGCAGCCACAAGUGUAAUAUCUGCUCAAGGACCUUUUUCUCUGAAAAUGGCCUGAGAGAGCACAUGCAGACCCAUCGAGGCCCAGCUAAGCACUACAUGUGCCCCAUCUGUGGGGAGCGCUUCCCAUCGCUCCUGACCCUGACGGAGCACAAAGUCACUCACAGCAAGAGUUUGGAUACAGGGACAUGUCGGAUCUGCAAAAUGCCACUGCAGAGCGAGGAGGAAUUCAUUGAGCACUGCCAGAUGCAUCCAGAUCUCAGAAACUCCCUCACUGGGUUUCGCUGUGUUGUCUGCAUGCAGACAGUCACCUCAACCUUGGAGCUGAAAAUUCAUGGGACGUUCCAUAUGCAGAAAUUGGCAGGAAACUCCGCAACCUCAUCGCCUAAUGGCCAGGCCUUGCAAAAACUCUACAAGUGUGCGCUGUGCUUGAAGGAGUUCCGGAAUAAGCAGGACUUGGUAAAGCUGGAUGUGAACGGCCUUCCCUAUGGCCUGUGUGCUGGAUGCAUGACCAGGAGCACCAAUGGACAGUCUUCGAGCUUGACUCCACAGGAGGUGAAUGAGAGGCCGUGUGGCAGCCUGAGGUGUCCAGAGUGUAGUGUCAAAUUUGAAAGUGCUGAAGACCUAGAGAGCCACAUUCAGGUCGACCACCGAGACCUGACACCCGAGACCAGUGGCCAAAGGAAAGGUACCCAGACGUCCCCUGUUCCCAGAAAAAAGACCUAUCAAUGCAUCAAGUGCCAGAUGACCUUUGAGAAUGAGAGAGAGAUACAAAUCCAUGUCGCUAACCAUAUGAUUGAGGAAGGCAUCAAUCAUGAGUGCAAGCUGUGUAACCAGAUGUUUGACUCUCCGGCAAAGCUCCUGUGUCACCUGAUUGAGCACAGCUUUGAGGGGAUGGGAGGCACAUUCAAAUGCCCUGUUUGUUUCACAGUUUUUGUACAGGCAAACAAACUGCAGCAGCACAUCUUCGCAGUGCACGGGCAGGAAGACAAAAUUUAUGACUGUUCCCAGUGCCCACAGAAGUUCUUCUUUCAAACAGAGCUUCAGAACCACACAUUGAGCCAGCACGCACAGUGAGCCACUGGCACUACAGGACACCUCUCUGCAGAAGACUUGACGGUGGCACAGUGGGGAGGACCAUUUGAACAUUACAUCCAAUCAAAGUGUCAUUUGCAACCCAGAUGUAAAACUCUAAUGAUUUGGCCAUGAGGCGCUGCUAUUAUAAGCAGCUGGAAAUGAAUAUUAAUGGAAGAGAUUAAAAGUAUUCCAUGCUCAGUAUUUUUUAUUGUCCUGCUUCAGCUAGUGUACUUUAGAGCUUCUGCUUCUGACUGAAUUUAUAGUGUUAGAUAAAUCUGCUUUGAUGCUGUUGCCCUUUGUUGCUUCUUGUAUUAUAUUGAUAGUUAAAGAUUAGGUGUGAUUUUUUUCUUUUUUGUUAACUGCUUUUUAAUUGCAAUUUUAGGUAACUGUGCAUUGUGAUGUGAUUGCUUGGCUAUUGUCUGAAUAUUUCUUUUUAAUUUUUUAAUUAAAGACUAAUGCUUUGAUUGGAUUUGCCAGUUCACCGGACAAUGAUUAAAACUAUGUAAUGAAUAUAAUCGGUUUCAGUGCAACUGGAUGGUCUGCUUUAUAAAUGUGACUUAAUCUGAUUGCAAUAACUAGUACAGUUCAAUAAAGGGAAUACAUGAGCUUA